AUGGAAGAGCUGCACAGCAUCAGGGACUUGAAGAAGCUUGUGGCUGCGGCUGACCCCAAGAGGCCUUGCGCCAGGUUAGUGCGCCUGGUUGCGAAGGCUGGUGUGUUGAAGGAUGAUGAGCCCAUUAGUGCAGCCGACCUGGGGCCCGCUUGUGUGCUCCAGUACCUUCAGGUGUCCUGGAUGUCAGAACUUGAAGGCGUGCUGGGGCUUGCUGGGGAGACGGUUCCGGAGGGUGUGUGGCCAAAUGCUGAUGAGCAACGCCAGCCUUGGACGCUCUUUGCCCCAGACCUGAAGCUGCUGUUGGAAUCUUGUUUGCGGAAGCGCCGUUCUGACCACAGGAACUUCCACUCAUUGAAGAAAAUUGAGGAAUCUUGGCAGGCCGCUGUGCUGAGCCUGCCGGCCACGGUGUUUUCGGAGACGAGCUUGCUGAAGGACUUGUUUGCCUUCGGCCAGGACUGGGAUUGGGAGUUUCCUCCGUUUCGAGAGACCGUGGAGCAAGUUGCCUCGCUCCUGCAGCCUGACACGGUCCAGCGAGCCUUGCCGGCUGCCGACGCAGAUACUGCCAAGGUCCUCUGGGAAAGCGUGCGUAUGAAGAAGCCCAGGCGCGAUAGCCGCUCAAUCGGAGGCUCGUCGAAAACAGCCCGUUGCAUUGCCGAGCUCAUCAACAAAGGCCUUCCGCGGUGGUGCUGGGCUGGCCACAUGGCGCCCUUUAAUGACAACUUGCUUCAAUACAUACUGGAGCCCACACACUUCCGCCACCGGCACGACAAGGACAAAGACCAGGCGAGGCUGUGCAUCGUUGUCGCCAUGCACCUCACGCUUGAGGAGCUGUUGCACCAAAACGACGAUGGGUGUUCGGCGUUCAGCUACGCGGUCGAUUUUGCUGCUGGGGGAUGCCACGACCGAUGGUGGGAGCAGGUUCGGGAGGUGAUCAAGCGGCAGCUGAUCCUUCGCUUCAGGGAGGUUUCGGGCCCUGCGUCGAAGUUGAACGCAAUCAUCGCCCAGAUGUACAAGGAGUGGUGGGAUUUCUGCGAGGAUGACGAUCAUCACUUUCGUGAAGUGGUCGCUGCGUUUGAAGAGCAUCUGCGAGACCUUACCAUGAGUUGCCCACUCUCCGGCCGACCAGGCAGGGGCGUGAGCGGCACGCGUUGGGAAGAGGAUGGCUCUCGGAAUUGGGCCGACCAAGGCUGGCAGUGGGGCUCGGAGGACGGAUGGUGGUCGGACAUGUCGCGUUGGCGAGAUGACUCUGGAUGGUCGAACUUUGAGUUGGCGGAACAAACUCCCUGA